AUGCGUCCUAGGAUUUUUGUGCUUGAAUUGACACCGGCGUUGUUGUUGCUGCUGUUUUACGCUUCGGUUACCGCCGAUUUCGAGAACCAUUUCAAAGACUGCCACCCAGACACGUCGGGCUUCGAUGUUUGCGUUCGAGGAGGAUUGAAUGCUAUUCGGCCUUAUUUCAAAACCGGUCUGCCGCAAUACAAUCUGCCCCCGUUCGACCCCUUUUUUGCCAAAGAGAUUACGGCCAAGAGGGGCAUUCCGAAUUUCGGCUUCACCUUAACGCUCCGCAACGUCUCCGAAUACGGAUGGACUUUUAGUAAAGUGGUGAAAUUCGUGUCCGAUCUGAAGAAUUAUAAGGUCGUGUACACACAAAGUUUCCCGGAAAAAUCGCUGUCGGGCAGCUACGAAUUUAAGGGCGUACUCUUCAGCAGCAGCAUAAUCAAUAAGGGAACAUUCACGAUGACUCUCUAUGAUUUGAUUCAAAUGACUACCGUGACCAGACUGCCGAGCCGAAAGAUACGCGCCCAGAUGGACGUGCAGAGUAUCAGAGAUAUGAGCCUUCACAUCGGGAAUCUUCUGUCCGGCAAGGAAUUUCUCGAGAAUAUGCUUGACAAGUUAAUUAACGGCGCCUGGCAACCGGGUUUCGUCGUAACACGUGGCCUGAUCAAUGAACUUGUCUCAACAGCCUUCACGGAGAUUUUUGACACCUGUUUCCGCAAUUUCCCCUUCGAACAGAUCUUCAAACCUGUAAAUAGGCUGUCCAAAGCCAAUUCGACCGUGAGCUCGACAGCGACGAAACGAAACGGGAUUGCCGGGAACUCGUUUAAUUAA